AUGAGCAACCUUCCUUCUCUAUGCCGCACUGCUGCGGUCGGCGCCUUGAUUCUUUCUAGAGUCGCGGAGGGAUUGCCCCAUGGCCUCUUUGACAGAGCAAACGAUCAUGCAUCUCAUAACUCGCAUUGGGUGGAUAUCUGGACGUCUAUGCCACAGUUGACGGAACCAGCUAACUUGCCUGAUCCUCCGUUUAAUGGAACAAGCACUGUAUUCUUCAACUCCACCAUAAGACAAACCAUUCAUAGCUCCAUUGGCGCGGAUCUCAUCCGCAUACGCAUCUCGAAUGCUUUCGGCAUAGACGACCUUACAAUAACCAAUGUAACUGUGGGCUUGCCAGCGGGAGGUAGAGCAGGUAGCAGUGCCAUUGAGCCCGAGACGCUCAAGAUAGUCACUUUCGAUGGGCAGCCGGGAAUUAUCAUUCCAGAUGCUGGUCUCGUCGUGUCAGAUCCGCUGGAGUUCAGAGUCGAGCCGCAAUCGAUGCUUACUGUCAGCAUAUACCUUGAACAAGGACAACAAGGAGGCCACAUCACCUCACAUCCAGGUAGUCGCACGACUUCGUGGAUGGCGUUCGGUAAUCAGGUAGACGCUGCGAAUAUUACGGGCCCUUCAGUACAGAGUGUUGAGCACUGGUAUUUCCUCAGUGCCAUUGAGGGAUGGGUUUCGCAAGAAUCGAGCGGGUUUGCUAUCAUAGGAGACAGUAUCACUGAUGGUCGUGGUAGCGAUACCAACAUGAACAACCGCUGGCCUGACCUUGUACUCGCAAAGAUGCAGAGCAACCCAAGUACAUCGUCCAUAGCAGUGCUCAACCAGGCAGCAGGAGGGAACCGCAUCCUGCAUGAUGGCCUCGGACCAAACGUAAUCAGCCGAGUCGACCGAGAUGUUCUUGCGCAAUCCGGUAUCAAGUAUGCGAUGAUCUUCGAAGGCGUCAACGACAUCGGCGUCGCGGACGCGGACCCAGUCAAUCAAACGCUCAUUGGCGAUCGGCUCAUUGGCGCGUAUGAACAAAUCGCUGCUCGCGUCCAUGUGUUCGAAAUACCAAUCUUCGCAGCCACAAUCACCCCUUUCGGAACACCCGCGAACUCAUCCGUGAUACAGCCCUAUUCGAGCCCGGUGCGCGAACAGACAAGGCAGCGCCUAAACGCAUGGAUCAGGAGCAGCGGCGUAUUCGACGCGGUCAUCGAUUUCGAUGAAAUAGUACGAGAUCCCAACAACCCCUCGCAGCUCGCUCCUUGGUAUGACUCUGGAGACCACCUUCAUCCCAAUGUCGCCGGAUAUCAAGCAAUCGCAGAUGCAUUCCCUCUUUCUCUGUUUUCCCGCUUCGCAGACGGUGUGGAUAGACUUACAUAG